AUGCCACCGUAUCUACAAAAUCAAGAACAACUACCAGAAGGAAAUCAUGCCAAUGAAGAUUUUGUCCAUCAACAGUGGCGUACAAGUGAGAGCGAUAUAUAUGGUAGUUCUGAUAUUUCUUUUGUUGCCGAUCCAUAUCCCCAAUCCAAUACCACUUCAGAGAAACUAGAUACUGUCAUGCGCGUAUUGUACGGUCAAGGUUCUUAUUCACCUAAAGGAAACACCCAGGAUAAUGUACAAGGAGGCACCGUAUUCUUCAGUCGACCUUUUGGGAAUCAAUCCUAUGCACAAGCUAUGGUACGAUAUGAUAUGGCGGUAGAUCCUAACUUUGAUUGGAUGUUGGGUGGUAAAUGGCCAGGUAUCUAUGGAGGUAUACCAAGUAGAGGAUGUUCAGGUGGUCAUCAAGCCAAUGGUGACACGUGUUUUUCAGUAAGACUCAUGUGGAGAGAGAAUGGAUUGGGAGAGGUGUAUAUGUAUGUACCUACCUCAGAAACACUAUGUAAGCAAACAGAAGAAGUGAUAUGCAAUAAACAAUAUGGUAUUAGCGUAUCACGUGGACGGAUCACUUAUCCUCGAGGUAAAUGGACCAAGUUUGAGAUCUUCACAAAAGUCAAUGAUCCACCCAGUGAAAGUAAUGGUGUACUUCAAGUAUGGCAGGAUGAUCAAAUAGUAGUGGAAUUAACCAAUUUACGUUAUCGAACAAACAAUGCCUUUGCCAUCUCUAGUUUGAUGUUCAGUACCUUUUUUGGUGGAUCAUCCACUCAAUACGCCACUCCUCAUGAUACUUUUGCCUAUUUUAAAAAUAUUCAGUUCAGUGUAGCUGAUCCAGUCCAAUUAUCUCCAUCCACUUCUUCCAUGGCUUCUCCUUCUUUAUUGGAUAAUCUACCCAUUUUUUCUUUCUUUCGUUUCAUGUUUUCUUCUUUUCAUGAUAUGACCAUCCUUUUUUGGAAUAAAAUGUACACCUCUCUGAUCGGACAGUGA